AUGCACAGAAGGGCUGAUAAAAAAGCAAAGGACAAACUCAGAGACAUACUUGGGAGUAUCCUAUAUGAAAACAGAAAUAGCGAAAGCGCAACAUUAAAUACCAGCCCGGGUGUAGCUACACGAAUACGAGCGGUCAAUUGGUGCACCAAGACAAUUACACAAUGGAUUCUUCGUCCACUUCUGCUCAGGUCCGGAGCCCAUAGGAUCCUGUUCGGGCUAUGGAACAAGCAAAUUAUUCAAUUUCGACGCUCAGGUCGAGCGGUUGACAUAGAGAAAGCAGUGAACUAUGCGACCCAUGCACUGGCACUCACUCCCGACACUCACCCUGACUUGUCAAGUCGGUAUGUUGCGCUAGGGGUGUCAUACACCAGUCGAUAUGGGCACACCAGCAAGCUUUCCGACCUCGAGAAGUCAAUCGAAUGUGAUUCUCGCGCACUCGAACUCACUCCCAACAACCAUCCCGACUUGCCAUCGCGACAUGCUGCGCUAGGCCUGUCAUACGCCCAUCGGUACAGGCGCCUUGGUGACCUCGCUGACCUAGAGAAGUCAGCCGGAUGCAACUCCCGCGCGCUAGCACUCACUCCCGAAAACCAUCCCGACUUGCCAGACCGACAUGCUGCGCCGGGCGUGUCAUACGCCGAUCGAUACAAGCGUCUUGGUGACCUCGCUGACCUCGCGGCGGCAAUCGAAUCCAAGUCCUGCGCACUCAAACUCACCCCCAAAGGUCACCCUCGUUUGCAAGACCGCCAUGCUGCGCUAGGUGUGUCAUACACCGAUCGAUACCAACGGCUAGGAGAGCUCGCUGACCUUGAGAAGUCAAUCGAGUAUGACUCUCGCGCACUAGAACUUACCCCUGACCACCACCCUCACUUGCCAGGCCGGUAUGCUGGCCUAGGCAUCUCAUACAGAAAUCGGUAUCAACGCCUUGGAGAGCUUGCUGAUCUUGAGAAGUCAAUCGAGUCCAAGUCUCGUGCACUCAAACUCACUCCUGACGGUCACCCCGAUUUGGCAGACAGACAUGCUACGCUGGGCAUAUCAUACACCGAUCGAUACAAGCAUCUUGGCAAGGUCACUGAUCUUGAAAAUUCAAUUGAAUGCCACUCUCAUGCGCUUGCAAACACUCCUGACCGUCACCCUCGCCUGUCCGACCGGCAUGCUGCGCUGGGGAUGUCAUACACAGAUCGAUAUCAACGCCUUGGGGAGAUCGCUGACCUCGAGAAGUCAAUCGAAUCCAAGUCUCGUGCAUUCGAACUCACUCCUGAAAGCCAUCCUGAUUCGCCAGACCGAUAUGCUGCACUGGGGGUGUCAUACACCGAUCGAUACAGACGCCUUGGAAAGCUCGCUGAUCUCGAAAAGUCGAUUGAAUACCGCUCUCAUGCACUUGCACGCACUCCUGACCGUCACCCUCGCUUGCCAGAACGACACGCUGCACUGGGCAUGGCAUAUACCGAUCGAUACCAACACCUCGGCGAGCUUGCUGACCUCGAGAAGUCAAUCGAAUCCAAGUAUCGUGCACUCAAACUCACUCCCGACAGCCACCCAAGCUUGUCAGACCGCCAUGCUACGCUGGGCGUAUCAUAUAAUGAUAGAUACAAUCGUCUCGGCGAGCUUAGUGACCUCGAGCAAGCAACGGAAUACUUCUCUCGUGCACUUAAACUCACUCCCGGGGCUCACCCAGACUUCUCUGUCAGGCACGACAGUUGGGCCUUAUCUUGCUUUCUCCAAUAUCAGAGAACUCACAAUACUUCCCAUUUGGAUGCCUCACUUUCCUCCUUCCGCAAAGCUUCCCAGUUGUCCAAUGGGCCACCACGCGAUGUGUUUCGAAGCGCCCUACGUUGGGCAAAUCUUGCCUCUCAUCAUAGCCACUUAAACCCUAUCGAGGCAUUCCGCGCCACAAUCGACCUUCUUCCCCACUACAUCUCGCUUGGCGCUACCACCACUCAGCGGUACUACGAUCUAUCGUCAACCCAAAACUUGGCCGUACGGGCCGCCUCUGCUGCCAUUUUGUCGUCUCAAUAUGCUCUGGCACUCGAAUGGCUCGAACACGCACGAUGUGUGGUCUGGAGCCAGAGCCUUAUGCUUCGGUCUCCUGUGGACAUACUUUAUGACUCCCAUCGAGACCUUGCUACUGAGUUUCGUUCGGUUGCUCGACAACUUCAUCACGCCAACUCGCAAUCCUCAUCAACCCACUUAGCCACUGAUACCCCGGAGCAUCGCCAUCGUCUGGCCAGGGUGUACAAUGAUCUGGUAGCCCAAGUACGUAAACUAGAAGGUUUCGAGGACUUUCUUCUGCCAAUAAAAGCCAAUGAGCUGGUCAAGGUCGCUCGAAACGGGCCGAUUGUAGUCAUCAAUUGUGAAGUGACUCGUUGCGAUGCCCUGAUUGUGACGCCUGGCAGUGGCAAUGUUACUCACGUUCCUCUCCCUGGCUUUACUGCCGCGAAAGCUCAGUAUAUUCAUUUCGAGAUGACAAAAUCGAUCAGGAACAGAAGACCAAACGAGCGUAGCGUCCAACGCCGACCGGCGCCUGUUGAACAAAUCGAAUUUAUGCAAGUACUUGCAGAUCUUUGGUACGACAUCGUGAAGCCAGUGCUAGAUUUUCUUGGUUAUACGCAUAAAGAUGACAUAGUGUCCGAUAAUAUACCCCAUGUAACCUGGUGCCCGACUGGUGCACUAUCGUUCCUGCCCCUACAUGCUGCUGGAGAUUACGACGGGUCUCGAUCGAGAGUCUUCGACUAUGUAAUAUCAUCCUACACUCCUACACUUACUGCUCUUCUCUCUUCCUCUCCUAGCACUAUAGGCCCUAAUUCUCAAAUGGUCGUGGUUGGUCAAGAAGAUACACCAGGGCAUCAGGAGCUGCCCGGAACUACGAAGGAGCUCGAAGGCGUCCUGAACCAUAUACAAGGCAGAAUGGGACACUCAAAACUUCUGGGAAGUCAGGCGACUGUUACUGCCGUGCUCGACGCGAUGGAGAAACACGACUGGGUACACCUUGCUUGCCAUGCUCACCAGAACGUCCAUGAUCCAACCGAGAGCGGGUUCUUCCUGCACGAUGGUACCUUGGACCUUGCGUCCAUCAACCAGCGGUCCCUGAAGAACAAAGGCAUGGCCUUCCUCUCGGCUUGUCAGACCGCGACAGGCGACGAGCAGCUGCCUGACGAAGCGAUACACCUUGCAUCUGGUAUGCUGACGGCUGGGUACUCGAGCGUGAUUGCAACGAUGUGGUCGGUGUAUGACGAUGAUGCAGCGGAUGUAGCUGAUAGGGUAUAUGCACAGCUGAUGAAAGAUGGAAGGAUUGGUAAUGGAGAAGCAGGGAAAGCGCUACACAAUGCAGUUGGAGAGCUGCGAGACAGAGUCGGAGAGAAAGAAUUUAGUCACUGGGUGCCUUACAUCCAUAUAGGCUCGUAG